AUGUGUUGUUUAUGUUCGGACCGCAAUUGGCACCCUUGCGUCAGAUUCAUCAACCUCCGGUCGCCGAAGUGCGUGGAAGCACAGGCUAACUUAGGCCCUGUUGUUGCUGAGGAGAUGGCUGGUGGCGCAAACCGAUGCCGAAGCGACGUACUGGAAUACCGCUGCCAGCUGAGUCUCAUGCACGAGGUAAUUGAAUCGGGUCUAUCUGUCGCAGUGUCUUUUGCAUAUGUGGAGGUACGUUGGUGA